UUUCAGCGUGUACCUCGGUGGGUAGUAUUUCAUGUCUUGCUUCUAGGCGCCGACUACAACCAAACCGCUAGUAGCGUACAAUGGAUAGCGCGCGAUGCAUCACCAUCACUACCUCCUAAAUCGCACAGCAUUGGUCCACCAAGACCGAUCAGAUCGAAUAUAUUAUUCGGUCUAUUCCGAGUCUUCCUGUGUAGCUCUCAACCCAUUAAACCAUUGCACUCUUUUUUUUUUCUAUCUCUGAGUAUUUGAAUAUUUUCAAGCUCUCCUAAGAGCGGAUUCAAAACUCUCACCAGCUGGCUGGCUGUAAUUUCAUAAACAUCUUGUAAUACGUCCAAUUCCUAAUAAUUCAUUUUAAAUCCAUUCUUUAGUACAAGACAAUUAUCUCCAGGCGAGAUGUCUUCUCUUCCGUCUAUUCUAAUUCUUACGCUCUUUACACAAUAUGCCGCUAGUUUACAAGUCACACCAAAUUCACCCUGUGCUUCCUUGUGCAUAGACUCUUCUGGCCUGGAUCUGUCUGAUCCAAACUCGUCUACAACGAAUAAUUCAGAUAUCUCUUGUUAUGAUUCCGAAUAUUCUAGCUCAUCCGCGGGCCAAAAAUACCAGGGAUGUAUGAGUUGUCUUCAAGACAGUACUUUCGCUCAAGGGGGCGAGAGCGACCAGCUUUGGUUCUUAUACAACCUCAGAUAUACUUUUGAUUACUGUAUAUUGGGGUUUCCCAAUGCUACAGAUGUACCUUCAACCCCCUGCUCAACGUCUACUGCUUGUGGUGGGUUGGAUGAUGCCUUCACGAAUGACAAGCUCAGUCCAAAGACGCCCGGCUACUCAUAUUGUGGCGCGGAUGGUUCCGGCAUGACCAACACGAUAGUGUCUGAGUGCAUGUCCUGUGUAGGUGCUUUGGAUGGUCAGAAUUACCUGGCUAACUUUCUCAUCGCCCUAGAUGCAGGUUGUCAGCAGAAGCCUGCCACAGGAACACUGAUAGGGCUAAACGACACUGUAUUUUCAGAGACUAGGAUUAGUGCUGUUGAUCCAGCAGUCGAAAAAACAACUAAUGAUAAAGGGUCUUCGCUUACCACAACCCAAUUAGCUGGAAUUGCCGUCGGCGCCACUGUCGUCGUCUUGGCAAUAUCUGGUUUCCUACUCGUACAUUUCCGUAAACGAAAAAAUCGCCGUCUUCUACUUGGAAAUGUCAGAACCUCGGUAGUGGGACAAAAGAAGAGUCGCCAUCGUCCUGACUCGUCACUCUCAUUCCGUUGCCAAACGCACCUAACACCGAGGUCACCGGCAUUUUUUCCUAACCCAACCAACGACACUAUCGAAGAGGAGAAACCCAGCGCAGGGCCAUUCUCCGCCCUUGGUUCCCAUCCCGUUUCCCCGGGGUCACCAAGGCAAUCCGCCUGGCGUGGCCAGAACGGCGGUCCGGGUAUCAAUUCAUCCUCGCGACCGGGUAACAAAGCGUUACCAUUACAUAACAUCGCCACUGCUAUCCCAGCCAUACCAGGAAACGUGCAUUACUCUGCUUCGCCAAAAGCUGCAUUUUUCUCACCUACCGAUGAGCCGGCUAGCACUACGAGCACUAAGAGCACAGCACAGCUUCUGCCUCUAAGACAAUACAACCCAGCCGAAUACGGUGUCUCCUCGCCGCAAGUGGGAAGCACCUCCGACGGUAUAUUCAGUAGUCCAACGUCCGGGUCUACUUCUAGCCCCCUGUUAAGCCGUGCGUGGGAGCAGAGGGCUCCGACAUGGGACUUACCGCCCCGCAGCUCUAGCAAGCCAUCGGGCAUCGGGGCCUGGGAGAGAGUCGCCGCCGGUGUGGCAGCGAAAAAUAGAAGGACUAGUAAUUCGGGGAGUCCUGUUGAGACGAAACAGAUUAAUUUCAAUUUUCCGCCACCGCCUGCUCGAAGAUAAUGCACAUGUAUAUAGCAUGUAUCAAUACAUAAUAAAAAUAUAUAAAGUGAA